AUGUAUAUGGAAUCCCGGGAACAUUUACGUCUAAAAAGAGAACUCAAAGAUAUAGAAAACGAAAAUGACUCAACAGUUGAGGCAUAUGUAGUAGAUGAUAACAUUUUCAAGUGGAAAGGGCACAUACUCGGACCUCCUGGAACGCCUUAUGAAGGAGGUCAUUUUACUUUGGAUAUAUCUAUUCCAGAAGAUUACCCAUACAGUCCGCCCGCGAUAAAAUUCGAGACUAAAAUAUGGCACCCUAACAUAUCAAGUGAAACUGGAGCUAUAUGUCUAGAUAUUCUAAAGAGUGAAUGGAGCCCAGCACUGACAAUUAGGACCGCUCUAAUAUCAAUCCAAGCACUACUUUCAGCACCUGAACCAGAUGACCCUCAAGACGCACAAGUUGCUAACAUGUAUAAAAGAAACUACCAAGAGUUCGAAAAUACAGCAAAGCUGUGGACGAGUACCUUUGCAAGAAGUCGAGAUGAAAGUCGAGAGGGGAAGAUUAGUUUACUUUUGGAAAUUGGAAUUGAUCGAGAAUCGGCAGUGAGAGCGCUGGAAGAGAACGGAUGGGAUACGACAGUGGCAAUUAAUAGACUUAUGGAUGGAUAA